CAGCCAGCGCUGAAGAUGGCGGAGCUUUUCGAAGUGGCUUAAAGGAACCAGGGUGGUUUCGAGUGGACGUAUUUAAACCGUUCGUGGCCUUGAUGAAUCCAUAGGUGCCCACCUGGGGGUUUUAAACCAAGCUGCCGCAGGGUCACUUAAAGGAUGUGAGGAGGAACCGAGUGAAUGUCAUCGUUCUACAUUGACUGCAAAGGUGCUGGUAUGUGUUGAAAAUGAGCGGAGCAGGAGAUAACUCUCAGGAGACGCUGUUCUACGAUCGGAAACGCAAACUGUCCACGUGUGACACGCCAGGACUCGGGUGUGAUAAGCGUAGGAGAGAGCAGGAAUGCAAAUACAUCGAAGAGCUCGCCGAACUGAUCUCUGCUAACCUCAGCGACAUCGAUAAUUUUAACGUCAAACCGGACAAAUGCGCCAUUCUUAAAGAGACAGUGCGCCAGAUUCGGCAGAUCAAGGAGCACGGAAAGAGCUCUUGCGGCGAUGACGACGUUCAAAAGGCAGACGUGUCCUCCACAGGUCAGGGGGUCAUCGACAAGGACCAUCUUGGCCCUCUGCUGCUGCAGGCUUUGGAUGGAUUCCUGUUCGUAGUGAACCGUGAGGGAAACAUCGUGUUUGUGUCCGACAACGUGACUCAGUAUCUGCAGUACAAGCAGGAGGAGCUGAUCAACACCAGCGUCUACAAGAUCCUGCACCCGGAGGAUGGAGAGGAGCUGCAGAAAAACCUGCCCAAGGCCAACGGACCGAAUGGUGUUUCAUGGACAGGAGACGCUUCCCGUCAGAAGAGUCACACGUUUAACUGCCGGAUGCUGGUGAAGUUCGGCCAUGGAGGGCCCGGAGCGGAGGACGGAGCAGGAAGGCCUCGUUAUGAGACCAUGCAGUGUUUCGCUCUUACCCAGCCUAAAUCCAUGAUGGAGGAGGGUGAAGACCUGCAGCUGUGUAUGAUCUGUGUGGCACGAAGAGUAAUACCAGUGGAGAGAAUGGAGAGAUUCAGUACUAGGCAUGAGCUCUCAGGUAAGCUGAUCGAGAUCGAACAGCAGAACGCGUUACACGCCACCAUGCGUCCUGGUUGGGAGGACCUGGUGCGAAGGUGUAUGCAAAUGUUCCUGCAUCACAGCGAAGGCCAGCCUUGGUCCUUCAAACGACACUUCCACGAGGUAUAUGCACGAGGUCGCGCAGAGACUCCACUCUACCACUUUUCUCUUUCUGACGGAACUCCAGUAACCGCCCAGACACGCAGCGAGCUCUGCCGAAACCCCAACACCAACGAGCCUAUAAACUUCCUUUCCACUCAUCUACUGCAAAGGGAGCAGAACGGUUACAGGCCAAACCAAGGAGGUGUAAUGCGGUCCCAAGGAAUAGGAGGUGCCAGCCAUAACUCCCAAAUGUACAUGGCUUCCGGCGGACAGAUGGCCAUGGCCAAUUCCAGGGGCUACGUCAUGAAUGACUCGGGGCACGUGGGACCCAGAGGAGGCCCCAUGUAUGGACCCGGAAACAGAAUGAACCAGCCGAAUCAAAUGCCCCAAAUGAUGCAGGUGAACUCGAUGAAUCAGAUGAGCCAAAUGAAUCAAGUAAAUCAGAUGGGCCAGAUGAAUCAAGUAAAUCAGAUGGGCCAGAUGAAUCAAAUGAAUCAGAUGGGUUCCAUGAAUCAGAUGAACCAGAUGAAUCCCAUGGGUCAGAUGGCACAUCCGGGAAUGAAUCAGCAACAGCAGCACUUCCACAGCGGAGGUUAUGGGAUGGUCAUGACGAGUCCGUCCCAUAGUAGUCCGGGUAUGAACCCAAAUCAGCAGAACAUCAUGGGCUCUCCACGGAUACGAGGAAGCCCCAAAAUAGGGAUCAGCGCCCUCUCUCCUGGAGCAGGUAUGCACUCUCCUAUGGGCUCCAUGGCAAUAUCCGGAAGCACCGGCUCCUCCGGUCCAACAGGUGGCAGCACGUUCUCAAGCAGCUCCCUAAAUGCCCUGCAGGCAAUUAGUGAAGGAGUAGGUUCCUCCCUUCCCUCGGCACUUAGCUCCCCUUCUCACAAACUGGACAGCUCCCCUAGCAUCAAUUCCACUCAGCCUGGUCCGCCAAACCAGUCCAGCGCCACUAAAGUAGCCAAUAUGGUGGAAACCAAGAGUCCUGCUGGUACACCUAGCGCUGGACCUGACCCGCAUACAAGUUCAUCGGAAACCUUGGCGGACAAGGCAGACAGCCAGUGCGGCAAAGACGGUCAGGUGGGUCCUGACGGGAUACGAAGGGAAGGCCAUAAUAAGCUACUUCAGCUGCUCACGUCUCCACCAGAAGAGCUUAAUUUGGGUGCGGACAACGGCGGACCUUCCUCCGGCCGUCCUUCCACUCCUGAUCUGAAAGAGGCUGGCGGCUGCAUGACCAGCCCAUCUUCCACCGGGGUUUCGUCCUCGUCCUCUGGUUCGUCGGGAGCCGGUGGUCCGCAGCAGGGUCCGGGGUGCGUGUCAUCCACGGGCGUGGGCUCGCUUCAAGAGAAACACAAGAUCCUCCACAAGCUUCUGCAGAACGGCAACACGCCAGACGAGGUGGCGCGCAUCACGGCCGAGGCCACCGGGAAGGUCAGCAUGGGUGGCGAGCACCAGGGCCAAGAGGGCGUCAGGGUGGAGAUCAAACAGGAGCAGCUCAGUCCGAAGAAGCCGAACGUCCUGCUUCAGUAUCUUCUCAACAAGGACGAUGCCAAGGACCCCUGCAUUGGCGAUGUCAAGCCGGCGCUGGAUGACCUAGAGGCUCAUAGGGUCAGGCAAGGGGGAGGAGUCACAACCUCAGACUCCGGCAGCCACGAUAUCAAGAUCAAGCGCGACCCAGCUGAUGAGCUGGAGAGUUUGGAGAGCAUCUUAGGAGGCUUAAGGAAAUCCAAUUCUGAGACUUUGUCUGACUCUGGAAGCGGAGGCGGGUCCGACGGAGAAAAAGGGAAAGGACCUCCCAACAGCGCCAUCAUCCCACCCCCUGGGCCUCGAGUGCCUUUCCAGAGAGCAAUGUCCAUGGAUGGGAAACCAAUGGGUGGCGCAAGAGGAACAGGCAGAAGAAGUGCCCCAUCCUCCUUCAUCAAGCAGAAGAGUGCGGACAUGAAUAUGGGAGUUCCUAACAGGCAGAUGGGCAUGAACCAGAUGCCACCCAUGAUGGGCUCAGGUGCUGAUUGGAGGAUGUCGGGCUCUGCCGGCAGCCCCGGCGUCCCCAGCGUCCCCAGCGGACACCCCGGUAUGGGCUGCCCUAGCGUGGAUCCGAACGCCAAGGGGAUGAUGGGCGGUCCCGUGAUGAACAGAUCAAACAGCGUACCCACACCCAGAUCCAUGCUACAGCAGCAGUUAAUGGAAAUUGGUCCUAAUGAAAUGGGAAUGGGAGUGAAUGCAUUCAGAGGGCAGCAGCACCCCCCUCGGUCACCUUCAUGGUCUGACUUUGGCAUGGGUACCAGUAAUAACAGCGUGCCAUUCUCCAACCCACUGGAUGAUCUGCUCGGUCCUCCAACCACCAGCGAAGGCCAGAGUGAUGAGCGAGCUCUGCUGGACCAGCUGGACAACAUUCUCAGCAACACGGACGUCAUCAACCUGGAGGAAAUCGACCGAGCGCUUGGGAUCCCAGACCUCAUCGGCCAGGGCCGUAACACAGCGCAACCAUCUGCUCCUGCCGAAACGUUUCCAGGUCCGCCGAAUUCCCCGAUGCCCAUGGAUCCUAAGGCUGUGUAUGGUGCAGGGUAUCCCGGCCCACCCUCCAUGAACAUGCAGGGUGGCUACGGGCCAGGACACGGACCUGGGCCGGGCUCGGGCCCCAUGCCGGGCCAGCCAGGUCCCGGCUUUAACCCCAUGAUGCCCCAGAUGGCCGGGAUGGCAGGCAUGCACACUCGAGCAGCCAUGAUGCGCCCACGUAUGAUAAACGCCAACAAGCCUCUCAGGUUGCAGCUUCAGCAGAGACUUCAGGGACAGCAGUUCAUGAACCAGAGCCGGCAGGGUAUGCCGAUACAAAUGGAGAAUGCACCGGUGGCAAAUCCUGGAAUGAGGCCUGUCAUGCAGCCUGGCAUGCAGCCUAACAUGGGCGGGCAGCCUGGGUUUCUGAACGCACAGAUGAUGGCUCAGCGCAAUCGAGAGAUACUUCAGAGGAGACAGAGGAUGAUGAUGAUGCAGCAGCAGCAGCCACAACAGCAGGCUGUGGCCGGUGCCUUCAGCCCCCCUCCCAACGUCACUGCCCCCAGUGCGAUGGAAAACCCCAUUGGAGCAACAGCCAUGAACCAGCCUGGCCAGCAGCCAUUCAACUAUGGAGGAAACUAUGGUAUGGGACAGCAGAACGACCCUUCGUUCAUGGGCAGCAACAGCAGUCCUCCGAUUAUGGUUGCAGUGCGUAUGGGUGGCCCCCAGAAUCCCAUGAUGCAACAACACCCUCAGAGCGGCCCCAUGUACCAGUCGGCCGAGAUGAAGGGCUGGGGGCAGGGCGGCAUGCCUAUGAACAAUUCAUACCCUCAGCAGCAACAGCAGCAGCAGCAACCGUUCCCUCAGCAGGGGGCGCCGGCUCAGUAUGGAGGGAUGAUGUCUCCCAUGCAAGGGCAGAUGGGAAUGAACAUGGGCAUGGGUCGCAUGCCACUGGGUCCUGAUCAGAAGUACUGAAGCAGAGCAGCGCCUCAGCGAGAAAGCACAAACGAACCAAGCCCUCGUCCGACCUGCACUAACAGCAAAUAACCGAAAAGGACACUCAGCACUGCUCAUUUCUGCACAUUCUGCAGAGGAAGCUGGAAUGUACAUGAGCUUAAAAAAUAGCCAUCCAUCUCCACCUGAGCUGCUGAUCUCUUCUCUGUCCAGUAGAGCGCGCUCUUCUCUCGCUGUAGAACCGAUCUGGUGCUUCUCAGACGGGUGGGGAUGCACUUUAUCACGCAGCUGAAUUAGGAAAAAAGGAUGGCUGCAAUAUUUCCUGCUUGUUCUAGCCUUAUUCUGAAACUUUGCCAUUGACUAUAGCAAGUCUGAACAGAAGCCGUACUCUCCGGACACCAUAUGCAGCUCUGAGCAAUAAACUUCUUUGUAUGAUGAAAUGUCAUGAAUACUAUAGAACUGGUGCAGCCCUCUGAAAACAAAAGGUACUGCAGUAUUAAAUGGGCUUUUUGUUUUAUAUGUGAAUAAGAACGGGCUUGUACAUGCAGUGCGCUUCAUAUGUAUAUUACAUACUGGAUUUUUGUUUUUAGUUUUUGCACAGAUUCGGGCUCUGUCCUGCAUAUUAUUUUAGGUCAACAUUGCUUUGGGUUUAAUUCUAUUUUAGCUUGUAAAAGGGAAUUUUAAGAAGACUUUUAUCUAUUCAGAUCUUGCCUUGUCUUUUUUUUUUUUUUUUUACAGUAUUGCAGACAUGAGAGCCAUCAUUCGUUUUUGCAGGGCACUUUUUUGUAAAGCGGGAAAUUCUAUAAAUUCUAUCGGAUCUGUUGUAAGCAGGCAAGAUUUCAUAGUUUGCAUUUUAGGUGUACAUUUUACGGAGGAAGCCCCCUUUGCUCGACCUGUCUCUAUGAGCUGUUACUAUCAUGAAAUGUUUCGUGUUUUGACUCCGCUUUUUCUACCUGAAUUUGCACAAUCCAAAGAUAUCAAGUGAUUGUUUUUUUCUCUACGGUUAUUUGUGCAAAUGCAGAGUUCAAGGUACACGGGCCUUCACAUACAGACAACCGUUGUAAUUCUUCAGUUCUGAGGCCAGUUCAUAUUGGAAAAAUGUCAACAGUUGUCAACAUUUUGCAAGAGACUCCAACGAAAGACAAUGGAAACAUGUCAGUCUUUAAUAGGUUGGAAAUCAACAGUUUUUUGUGUUUUUAUUUUUAAAAUUAUGUUGGAUAAUGGUUAAAUACGGAUAUUUGAAAUGCGAAAUCCACGUUUGGUUUGAGUCGUGGGCAGGGUUGGUUUAAGUUAUAUUAAGAGGGGAGCAGCUGAAGAUGUAAAUUGCAAUACAUUUUAUUCUUCUCCUCGAUGUUCAUAUUGUUGUAAAUAAAAUUUCUAUUUAAACGUUA